AUGGCGGCAGAAAAUAUUUGUGCUGAUGUGCGAUUAGACGAUUUCACAGUCGAAUUAAAACCAGAAGACAUCCCUGGUGCUUCUGUUAAUGACAAGGAUAUCGGAAAGUUAAAUGUUAAUCAACUGAAAUUCUGGCUAAAGUGUCGUAGGGUGAAACAGGGCGGGAAUAAAAAGGAGCUUUUUGGAAGGUAAGCGUACUGCGUUCACACGUGAUGAUGAUCGCUAUGAUUAGUAUGAUUGGGCAAUGUUUGUUCGCAGUUCGCACAAUACAUUUUGCUUGACUAGUACUCGCUUUCUAGGGUGUGCAAUCUCAAUGCUAUGCCUGAAGUGAGGGAGAAGGUAUUUGACCCUGAUCCAAACAAAGCAUUCACUAAGGCUAAGCUGGCCAAACUCAGGGAAAACGGCAUAAAUUGUUCAAAUGCGGAAGUGGAAAACGAUGCUUCUGCCAGUUUGGGGAAGUUUCCUUCGGAUGACAGUGCUUUCAACAAAGACUUCUCCAUACUACCAGUAUUUGUUCCAACAGAUACCCUAGAUCAUACUCAAAAGUGCAGGAAGUCAACCAAAAAAUCUGUUGAUGGUGACGCUAUUGCUGAGAUGUCAAGUUCGAAAGGACUUCGAAUG